CAGGAGCGGCACGCGCCUUGAGGUGCGCGCGGGCUCUGGCCGCCGCAGUGCCGUCCUGCGGAUGCGCGCUCCCGACGCCUCGUCCCGCUGCAGACUUUCCCGUCCGGAGAGAAGAGCUCGCAGGCAUGGCGGAGUCCAACCUGCGCGGGUUCCCCCGUCUGCGCCGGGCCGCGACCUCCUUUCCUGGCAACCUGCAUUUGAUUUUGGUGCUCCACCCCACCAGCUUGCUGAGCUCCACCCCCAGUCCUUCUUCAAGCACUGACCUGGGCUUUCGGUUCAGUCAGGAUGACUUCUUGUUAAAGUUGCCGGUGGUGAUGCUGCGGUCAGUUGGCGACCUGCUCCGCUACAUUGAUGAAAACCAUCUGCCAUCCGAGUUUACCGGAAAAGUGAAGUAUUGCCACAGUGAUUGGAUCGUCCUCCGCACGGGCAUUGAGAACUUUGCUGUGACCGUGAAGGAGAUAGCCCAGCUACUGCAAGGCUUUGGAUCAGAACUUUCUGACACAGAACUUCCAGAUGAAGCUAGUACCAUUGAAUUCCUGCUGCACUCUCACAUGCAUCGAUAUCGACACAUGAAGGAUGACAUUAGGAGUGUGCUCAAAGAGGGUCGGCUUCUGCUGUCCAACCUUGAAACUAUGAAGGCGUCUAAAAAAGAAGUAGAAGAGGACAGAGACUUAAACACUGACAUGGAGACAGUUCAGAGGCUAAUGGCACAGCUAAGGGACAUGGAGGAGGCAUUUGAUGGCUUCUUUGAGAAACACCACCUGAAGCUGCAGCAGUACCUUCAGCUGCUCCACUAUGAAACAAGUUUCCAGCAGAUGGAGGAGCUCUUGGAGAGACUGUUGAAACAGGAGAAGGAGAUUGCUUCUGUAGGAAGCACGGUGGUUCAAACAGAACAGCUGCUCAAAGAUCUGGAGUCGCUGGACAAACACGCUCAGGAGGAGAUGGCCCGUGCACAGGUGGUGAUCCUGCAUGGCCACCAGUUGGCUGCCAAUCAUCACUACGCCCUGGCCCUCAUCAUCCAGCACUGCAAUGAACUGCGACAUCACUGUGAUGUCAUCACUGCUGCCAUACGCACCAAGCGUUCCUCUCUUACUCGAGCACGAGACCUGCUGCUCCGCCUUGAAGAGUCCAUGCAAUGGUGUGAUGAAGGUGCCUAUCUGCUGGCAAGUCAGAUGGUUGAUAAGUUCCAAACCAGAGAGGGUGCUCAAGAGGCGCUGCAUUACCUAAGCUGUCACCAGGAGAGGGCGCCAUCUGCUCUGCAGAACAGCCAGGACACUUUGAGCCUGGAAUUUGAAGCCAUACUCACCCCACAGCUGCAGUCUCAAAUUUCCAUGGUCACAGAGAAGCUAAACUCAGUCCAAUCCAUGAUCAGAAACAGGGAACAGUGUCUGAGGAAGCUGGCGGACAUCCAGGUCAGACCCAUCCAGCUUGUAGCCCCCCGGCCAGAACCAGACCAGAUCUCACAGCGCUGCAAACCACCUCUCUUCUCACCCAAACAUGGUGUAGACUUCAAUGUCCUGAACUCAAAGUUCUCAUUUGACCUGCUUCCUGGAAAGAAAGUCUCAAGGAAGAACAACAGCCAGCGCAAGAUUGAGGUGAUACAUGAUUACCAAGGCAACCACAGCUGUCUAUAUGGCCCCGUGCCGGAGACAGAUUCUGAAGCAGAAGACAAUCCAGAGCAGGUCACACGUCAUAUUAUGAAAGAACUGAUUGCGACAGAGAGGAUCUAUGUGGAUGAGUUGCUUUCAGUCCUUCUAGGCUACCGGGCAGAAAUGGAGGACCCGUCGAUGUCUAAUCUUCUUCCUUCUGCUCUGCGCAGCCAGAAGGAUGUUCUGUUUGGCAACAUGCCGGAGAUUUACCAGUUCCACAGCAGGAUCUUUCUCCAAGAUCUUCAGAGUUGCCUGGAGAAACCAGAGAGGGUGGGGGCUUGCUUUCUGCAGCGGAAGGACAAGUUCCUGGUUUACGAACGUUACUGUCAAAACAAGCCUCGCUCUGAGUUACUAUGGAGACAGUGCUCAGAUUCACCCUUCUUUCAGGAGUGCCAGAAGAAACUUGACCAUAAACUCGGUCUGGACUCGUACCUCCUGAAACCAGUUCAGCGCCUCACAAAGUACCAGCUGCUACUCAAGGAGGUGCUGAAGCACUCAACAGAGGAGCAGUACCGGUGUGAACUCCAGGAGGCGCUAGACUCCAUGCUGGAGCUACUGAAGUCUGUCAAUGACUCCAUGCAUCAGAGAGCCAUCACUGGAUAUCAGGGUGACCUGAGCCAGCUGGGUCGUGUGGUGAUGCAGGGAGGCUUCAGUGUGUGGAUCAGCCACAAGCGUGCCGCGGUGCGAAUGAAGGAGCUGGCCAGGUUCAAACCCAUGCAGAGACAUCUCUUCCUCUAUGAACAUGCUCUGCUUUUCUGCAAACGCAGAGACGAGGACUCUCAGGAGAGGACGCCCUUCUACAGCUUUAAAUCCUGCCUCAGAAUGAGUGCGGUGGGCAUCACAGAAAAUGUGAAAGGUGACGUGAAGAAGUUUGAAAUCUGGUACAGUGACAGAGAGGUGGUGUACAUUGUUCAGGCUCCCACAGUGGAGGUGAAAGCAUCUUGGCUGACAGAAAUUCGUAAAAUUCUCACCAACCAACAAAAACUAAGCAAAGGUGAGCCUCCACCAAUGUCAGGCACGGCCCUUCCUGAUAGUGCAUCAGAGGUGUGUGUGUCGUGGGGCAGAGCAACGGUGGGAGGCUGCUCAGCGUGUGUCCCUCUUCCUCAUAGCUCCCCGAGAACAGGCCACUGCACAAGGUCCAGGGAGGAGGAGUCCACACACACCAGCCCCGCCCUCUCAGAUCCGAUUGUUCAUUCUCCUCAACGUAGCUGGCAUGUUUCUGCCCACUCAGUGGCAAUCUGUGAGGGCCUGGAGGACUGGGGAGGGGCUACAGAUCUCUCCAACUUCUCAGACUCGGAGGAGGAAGAUCAGCCGGCGCCACUGGUUGCUGGCAGGUACAGGGUCAUGGUCGACAGCAGCAUGGCCAGCACUGAUGACAUCAUCUUUAACUGUGGUGACAUCAUCCAUUUGCUACAUGAGGAUUCAUCAGGAAUGUGGAUGGUGCGGAACGUUAGUCGUGGUGAAGAAGGUCGUGUUCUACCCGAGGACCUCUACAGGAUUCUGGGAGAAGUCUGAUGAGAGCCAAUCAGAACCGAGGACAGAUGAUGUGGUGAUUUGCAAACACAUUUGUCAUGUGUGACAAAUCUGUCUGCUUUUUAAGGCUCAUUUGGCUGAUCAUCUCUUUCUCCACCACACACACGCUCACACAUUUCAUCAACUUUCUGGCCAAAAGGGGUCAUCAGCCAUAUUGAAUCACAUCAGCCAUAUUUUUACUCUUCAAACUGAUAUUUUACCUCAGAAGGCUGCAGAAUGAACCCCAGAAGACCAAUGUGAAGCACAUAAUGUGAUAUAUUCCAGCAGUGGUACACUGGAUCACUUGGAGUCAGACAAGAUGCUAGAAUUGCACCUUUGUUCAUCACACAGAACUUGUUUCUUUUAUCAUUAUUAUCAUUAUUAUUAUUCACAGUGAUUAUCAGGGGG